AUGAGGAUCGGAAGGGGAUGUGAGCGCUGUCGCCUUCGCCACAUUCGGUGUACCACUCGUGCGGGAGCCUCGUCAUGUAAUGCAUGCGCUCGCUUAGGUCGGACGUGUCGUCUGGAUCCUCCGUUCCGUUUCAAGACCGUCCGCCAUGUGUAUCAGAAGAGCCAGGGGACUGCCUCGAAGUUUGAAUUGGAGUGGGACUCAGCACAGACGUGGGUGAACGUUCCUCGAUCUUUGACCUUCGUUCAAGAGUCCGCCGAAGAGUCCGCGGAUGGAAGCAUUAGUGAUGUUCCACCUGAGCCUCAGCGCGAUACGCAGAUCUCCUCGGACGAACCCCAUACAUAUAUCCCUGAUCCCUUCGUCACUCACCUGCCUAUCUCUGGAUCUCUGAAUCCACACAAUGAGGCCGUUAGCCUCCCACACGUGGAACCGGCGAUAUCGACACCCUCAAUACACGAUGAACAUUCAACCAAAGCCACGGCGAUCUCGCCGGGGGCAGUCAAUGACAUGGUCUCUCCUUUGGCAUCCAAUACUACAUGGUCGCCAAUGACUCCAUCCACUCCACGCUCGACCUCUUCAUCGACGAUGACAUCGCGAGAAGCGUUCUUGUUGCGCUCAUAUAUCAAUAAAAUAUCGCACUGGUUGGAUAUCUGUGACUCGGGAUCGACUUUCAACACUGAGGUGCCCCGCAGAGCGCUACAUGUACCCAUGGUUCUGAAGGCGGUGUUGGCGCUAUCUGCACGACAUGAUGCGAUCAUGUCCGGGGCUAGUGAUUGGGAAGCCUCCGAAUAUCACAGCCAAUGCGUAGAACUGUUGCUCGCCGCUCUCGCACGGCCGGAGGAAACAUACGACGACAACAUGCUGAUCUCGGUGGUGAUUCUGCGGAUUUAUGAGGAGCUGGAGAGUACGACCGACGAAAAGUGCCAUUGGCUCGGUUCCAAUCGGCUGCUCAAUACUAUGUCCAGAGCCGCAUCGUCAGGCGGGUUGACAGAGGCCGCCAGCUGGCAGUUCCUCCGGCAGGCCAUCUACGCAUCUAUUGUGCAAAAUCAGCCCAUGCAGCUUGAUCUUCGGAACUAUGAACGGUCAUCCGUUUUCAAGCGGGGCGAUGAUGGCGCCUAUGCCAACACCAUCAUCUUCUACUGUGCCCGGAUCAUUCAGCUGUGCUCCGAAGGCCAUGUUGCGGCCGUGGACGAGGAGGACUGGCACGAUCUGUCCAGUAGAGUGGAACAGUGGUACCGCGACCGGCCUGUCAGUUGGCAGCCCUUGCAGUACAAAGACGCCAACCCAGCGGAAAAUCGACCUUUUCCCGAGUUGUGGGUUAUGUCACCCCCAGCCGUGGUCGGGCUGCAAUAUUACCACACCUGUCAAAUCCUCCUCACGUCGUCUGACCGCCAUUGGGGCGUGGUGAGCAACUAUGAGCGUGCACGGCUCAGACGUAUAGAAGAGGUUCGUACUUUGGAGUGUUUGACAAUUCCAUAUACUUACAUUCCGCAGAAAGUGAUUGCAUCCCACGUGGUGCAAGUGAUUGGGCUAUCUUCGUCGAACGAAACCGUCGAAAAUGCGUAUUUCAUGGCUUGCCACCUAUUAUAUCGAUAUGGACACUGCCUGCGCCAUCCCGUCGAAAAGCGGGGAUCGCUCAAGUUCCUGACUCGGGUGGAGAGCUCCGUGGGCUGGCGCACGGGAUGGAUUAUUCGCGAAUUAGAAGAUCAAUGGAACGAGCUGCAGGGAUUGGAUUCGUGGGAAUAG